AUGGAACUUGGGUCAAAUUCUGAUGAUAGUAAAUCAACAUUUUGCCUGGUGGAUGAGGAUCAUACAUUUGCAAAUUCUAUCCGAUACACCCUAAAUCAGGAUCCAAGGGUGACAUAUUGUGGGUACAGCAUCCCUCAUCCCUCAUUUAAUCGAGUUAAUAUCAGACUCCAGACAACAGGGGAUCCAGCAAAGGAGGUGUUUAAAGAUGGAUGCUUGGAACUGAUGCUCAUGUGCCGCCAUGUUAGGAGCACUUUUGAUGAUGCUCUAACUGAAUUUAAAAAGACCAAUGAAUCAGAGUCACUUGACAAAGGAAAGUGA